GCAACGCUCUGAUCCCAUCGUCUUCCUCACCACACGAAGAAGAAGAAGACGAAGUGUUGUCCUGGUAGCGAAGACGAGAAGGAGCACAGCUGACGUCACAGCCACAUUUUGAGAAGCGUCAGGAUGGUGGUGGCUUACGAGGGCCAGUCGUUCACCGCCCUGCGGAAGCAGUGUCGCCAAAAUGGCCUCCUGUUUGAGGACCCCCUGUUCCCCGCCACAGACCAGUCGCUCUUCUACAAGCGCAACCACAUCGGCAAAGUCAUCUGGAAGAGGCCGAAGGACUUAUGUCAAGAUCCCCACCUCUUUGUGGAUGGCCUGAGUGCGCAUGACCUCCACCAAGGCAAGCUGGGAAACUGUUGGUUCGUGGCAGCCUGCUCCACCCUAGCGUCAAAAGAAGGCCUUUGGCAGAAGGUAAUUCCCGAUUGGAAAGACCAGGAGUGGGACAAGAGCCGCCCCAAAUUGUACGCCGGCAUCUUCCACUUCCGCUUCUGGAGAUUCGGCGAUUGGGCGGACGUGGUGAUUGACGACCGGUUGCCCACCUUCAACGGCAAGCUGAUCUUCUGUCACUCUAAUGACGCCAAUGAGUUCUGGAGCGCCCUGGUGGAGAAGGCCUAUGCCAAGACAUGCGGCUGUUACGAGGCUCUGAACGGCGGCAACACGGCAGACGCGCUGGUGGAAUUCACGGGCGGCGUAUCGCAGACCAUAACCCUAAGUGAAAAGGGCGUCAAGCUUGACACGGAGAAGCAAGUGGAGCUCUUCAGUCGAGUCCUCAAAGUCCAUGAGAGAGGGGGGCUCAUCAGCGCCUCCAUAGAGGCGACCAGCGCAUCUGACAUGGAGGCCCGCAUGUCCAACGGCCUGGUCAAAGGUCACGCCUAUGCCAUAACGGACGUGCGUCGCAUACGUAUCGGUGUUGGCUUGAUGGCUUUUUUCAGAGCGAACAAACUCGAUAUGAUCCGCCUGAGGAACCCCUGGGGGCGCAGCGAAUGGUCCGGACCCUGGUGUGACAGUUCAGAAGAGUGGAAAAAGGUCAGUAGCGGCGAGCGUGAGAAGAUUGGUGUCGUCGUGCAGAAUGAUGGAGAGUUCUGGAUGACAUUCAGUGACUUCAUCUCCAACUUCACGCACCUCGUCCUGUGCCGCAUGAUCAAUACGUCUCAUAUAAGCGUGCACAAGACCUGGGUGGAGCAGGUGUUGCGCGGCUCCUGGGCUCACCAUGAAGACGAGCUGAAGAACCGGGCCGGCGGCUGCGUCAACAACAAGCAGACCUUCCUCCAAAACCCUCAGUACGUCUUUGACGUGACAAAACCCGAGGACGAGGUUCUCGUAUGUCUGCAGCAGAAGGACCGCAGGGCCUCGCUCAGGGCAGGACGAGGAGAGAACCUGGCCAUCGGCUUGGAAGUACACAAGGUGGAGCUGAACCGGAAUUACCGUAUGCACGCCCCCCAACAGAAGGUGGCCGGCACCCCCUACAGCAACACCAGGUCUGCGUUCCUGCGCGUGGACCUUAAGGAAGGCCGCUAUGUCAUCUUGCCAACCACCUAUGACCCCGACCGGGACGGAGAAUUCCUGUUGCGCGUCUUCACCGACGUGCCGUCAUACUGCAGGGAGCUGUGUUUGGAUCAGCCCCCUCGCACCUGCUGGACGGGUUUGUGUGGUUUCCCAUCCCUGGUCACGCAAGUGCAUGUGACCCAAGGCAACGCGUUGAGGGGAAACAACACGUACUUGACCAUCCGCUGCGAAGGGGAGACAGUUCGCUCUGCCACCCAUGGCGGGAGUCGCAAUCCCAACUUUGACACCAAGGGUAUCUUCUACCGGAAGGAAAGCAGCGAGCCAAUCUUCAUCCAGGUGUACAACUCCAACAGGCUGAUAGACUCGUUCCUGGGCGAGCUGACGCUGUCCACCGAGUCGGGAGACAUCAAGAAGACGAUGCACCUGCGGGCCAAAAGCGGCCAGCGAAUCGAGCUCCCGGGGACUCUCAGCGUCGUCGUGGUGACCAGCGCUAUACUCACCAGCUUCUGAGACGUCGCACUCUCCGCUACGACUCUGCGCCUCCUUAUUCCAGUGGAUUUCUUUUUAAAUUGUGUUUUCAUGACAUUUCUUUCCAUUUUUAUUAUUUGUUUAGUCAAUAGCAGUGAACAGUCAGUAAAAAAACAUUUUACAGUU